UCUUAUCACACAAUGGCGCGGUAUCUUGGGACUGCGGUCUUGUGCAUGAUCCUUCUAGGACAGUGUUCAUGCAGCUGUCCUUACGGUACUUACGGUUUCCAGUGCGGCUACAGAUGUAACUGUGACCAAGACAAGUGUGAUUCUACUUCCGGCUGCAGUCCGCCAGCCUGUCACCCAGGAUGGUCUGGUCCGACAUGUCAGAAACAUAAUAUUGCGAGGAAGAAGGCUACAUCAUCCAGUGGAGAUAACAAUUUUCCGUCAUCCAAAGCUACAGACGGAAACACUGAUGCAAACUCGUAUCUUGUCUGUAUAGAUACAGCGCCCAGCAACCCCAACUGGUGGCGUGUGGAUCUCAAUGACACAGUGUUGAUACGUGAAGUUACCAUCUACUUCAGAACUGACUAUACACCAAGACGAAAUGGCAUCCAAGUGUACCUAACCAACUCUAUCCAGGUCCCAAGUGGUCUCAACUGUUACAACGUCACGAACAGAAACGAUGGGAUGAAAAUAAGUAACGUCACUCACGCACCUUGUCACGGUAGAGGGCGCUAUCUCCUUCUGUACACCACUGUGUUACCAGUCAUGGAUUUUUGUGAGGUGGAAGUGGAUGUGUGUGAUCCUGGUACCUUUGGAGAUGACUGUGACCACUACUGCCACUGUAAAGACGGACCCUGCGACUACACAACAGGAGACUGUCCUACACAACUGUGCCAACCUGGCUGGACUGGAAACAGUUGCGCGACAGAAUGCAGCAAUACAUACGGAGAUGGGUGCAGCAAACUCUGCUCCAGUAGACAUUGUGAGGGGACCGCCUCAUCUGCAUGUGACCACGUGAGAGGGGCAUGUGAAAAUGGUUGUAAGGCCGGAUGGAAGGAUACAGACUGUACACAAGAAUGUGUUGAUGAUCUGGAAUAUGGAGUUGGAUGUCUCCAAAACUGCAGUGCCCGGAUGUGCCAGAUAGGAUCGGGCACCUGUCCCCGGGAUACAGGCCGGUGUAUUGAUGGAUGUCAGGCAGGCUGGAGGGGAGAAGACUGCACAAUAGAGUGUAUACUAAAUGUGAAUUACGGCAGUGGUUGCCAAGGUAGCUGCAGUGCCCGGAAGUGUAGGGAAGGAAAGAGCCCCUGUCCCAAGGAUACAGGCCGGUGUGAUGGAGGAUGUCUGCCUGGAUGGGACGGAGAGGACUGUACAUCAGAAUGCAGCAAUACAUACGGAGAUGGGUGCAGCAAACCCUGCUCCAGUAGACAUUGUGAGGGGACGGCUUCAUCUGCAUGUGACCACGUGACUGGGGCAUGUGAAAAUGGUUGUAAGGCCGGAUGGAAGGAUACAGACUGUACACAAGAAUGUGCUGAUGGUCUUGAAUAUGGAGUUGGAUGUCUCAAAAACUGCAGUGCCCGCUUUUGCCAGAUAGGAUCGAGCACCUGUGCCAGGGAUACAGGCCAAUGUACAGAUGGAUGUCGGGGAGGAUGGAAAGGAGUGGACUGCAGAGAGGAGUGUAUAUCAAAUAUGGAUUACGGCCCUGGAUGCCAAGGUAACUGCAGUGCCCGGAAGUGUAAGGCAGAGUCGGGCACGUGUCCUCGGGAUACAGGACGGUGUGAAGGAGGAUGUGAGCCUGGAUGGGAGGGAGUGGACUGUAUGUUGAAAUGUCAGUCACCCACGUUUGGUGUUAACUGCUCCUCAACGUGUGGACACUGUCUGAACAAUGAAACUUGUCACCAUGUCACUGGAACCUGUCUUAAGGGUUGCAGUCCAGGAUGGGUUAACGACACCUGUCAACGAGAAUGUCAGUCACGCACGUUUGGUGUUAACUGCUCCUUAACGUGUGGACAUUGUAUAGACAAUGAACCUUGUCACCAUGUCAACGGAACCUGUCUCGUGGGCUGCAGUCCAGGCUGGAGUAACGACAACUGUCAACGAGUUUCAGUCAAAAGUCAAUCGGCAUCGUCAUCACCUGGAAAUGGUGGCGCCAUUGGUGGCGCCAUUGGUGGAGUUGUUGCCGUAGCUGCGGUUGUUGUCACUGUUGUAGCAGUCUUCUUUUAUAGGAGGAAAAGAAAGGCAAACAGCAAGACUAAAGAACACUCUGUUUAUGAGGACGUGUCUGCCUUUGAACCACACGUAUUAGAGCUGCAAGCACCAAGAGUGAAUGAUGGUUAUGAAGAGGAGGAGCCGGAAAAUGAGGCUGGGGUUUCUAACACACCUGACACCUACUACAACAUUGGGCCGGUUAUCGUGACCGAGGUUGCGGCGGACAAGCUGGGGGACAGGAUAAGAGACAUGCAGGCUACAAAACAUGGAUUCGAAAAUGAAUACCAGCGAUUGAUUUCUGGGUUCACCCACACAUACGAAGACUCUCAGCUUGAGGGGAACACAGGAAAAAACAGAUUCCUACAAUAUUACCCAUAUGACUACAACCGAGUUGUCCUGGACAAGCUUCCGGGGGAUCCAUCCUCCGACUAUGUCAACGCCAGCUAUAUCAAUGGAUUUUCGAAGAAACAAGCCUAUAUUGCAGCUCAAGCACCAAACAAGAAAACUGUCGCUGACUUCUGGAGAAUGAUAUAUCAGAAGAAUUUAACGAAGAUCGUCAUGUUGACAAACCUGGUGGAGAUGGGCAAGGUGAAGUGUGAACCCUACUGGUCUGACACAUCUGACCUUGAAGCUGGACCCUUUACCAUCACUGUUACCAAGGUCAUUCACAGGGCCAGCUGGGUCAUCAGAGAACUCACCGCUACACUCAGUGAGACGGGUGAAAACAAAAUGUUCUACCAAUUCCACUUCACAAAAUGGCCGGACCAUGGUACUCCAGACGAAAUGGCACUGAUGGAGCUCUUGUGGAGAGUUCGAAAGACGCCAAACCCUGACAACUCUCCCCUAUUGGUGCACUGCAGUGCUGGGAUAGGUCGCACUGGAACGUACAUUGCAGUGGACUACCUUCUAGACAGGGCCUUGCGUGACCAGAAAGUUGACGUGUUCAGGUUUGCAAAUGACAUGAGACGUCAGAGGAGAAAUAUGAUUCAGACAAAGGAGCAGUAUGCGUGUGUGUACACCACCUUACACGAAGUUCUGACGGUGGGAGAUACUUUCCUGGCCUCUCUGGACUUCAUUAAACGGCGGGGACGGAAGGAAGUGUUCAAGAUGGGCAACAUGGCAGUACCCACUCUGAUACAGAGAGUGAAGUCCGAUAUACAGCGAGCAAAAUCAGGAACCAACAUGAAGGGUCGUGUGUGGGUGGACGGACGCACGGAUAUCCUAGCUGUGGUGAUGCCUUCCCACCUGUCUGUGAAUGGCUACCUGUUGACUGAGGCCCCCUCCGUCACCACAGCGUCUCUGUUCUGGAAACUCACAGAGGAACAGGAGUCUUCCACUGUCAUUAUCCUGCCUGACAGGCACCAGAGUAUGUCAUGCGUCAUACCAGCGCCAGGAGAAAGCUUGGAUCUGAGUCCUGUGAGUGUCAGAUGCUCCACCGAGAACACCAUCAACCCUGACAUCGUACUCAGGAACAUCCACAGGCAGAUGGAGGGUGAUGCCUCGUCCCAAACUGUUCGUGUGUACAUGUUGAGAAGGCUUCCAAGAGGCGACCAUUCCGUCCUGCUUGACCUUCUGGAACAGGUCGACCUCGGCACAAGGGACAAUACCCCAAAUCCUGUGACAGUAGUUUUCGGGGAGAACGAAAAACGCGUGGCUACCUUGUUCUGCAUCCUCAGCAACAUCGUGCUUGGCAUGAAGUACGACAACGAGGUGGAGAUCUACAACAACAUCAGGCGACUGGGGCAUCUGCAUGCCAACGAUCUCACACAGGAUGAGAUAUCCGUUUGUUACGACCUGGCCUCGACCUAUCUAGAGACGCAGAAUGUGUAUGCCAACAUGUGAAUCGCACCAUCCGUAAAACACAUUCCACGUACACUGUUGGGCUUCGCUGUCUAUUGUCUUUGGAAUGAAAAAAUAUCAGCACUACAGGAAUCGUUAAAUAUGUAACCCUUGGUGUAACAGUCUACAUCGCACGUUACUCUGCAUCAAGGUAACUGCAACAGAAUAUAUAGACAUACACUAUUUCACUUUAUUUAAUAUGUUUAUAGUCCUAAAAUGAUUAGUUUAUUGACAGUAAUUCGCUUCUGCAUGUGCUGUGUCUCCACAAAAUAGACGCUGUGAUAACUGUAAGAGAACACGCAUGAUGCUAUUUCAGGGAUGUUACAGAAAUAUUUAACAAUAGAUAUUGACAUAUUUGUAAAUAACAAUGACUAUAAUUAACAAAAUUGCAACCAUCGAAUUUUAAAUAUGGUUGAUUUGAUUUAAAUUUGUGUGUACAUUAUUUCAGAUUGAUGAAGUAUACUGGCAGAUGUGCCACUUGAUUUAUUGAUCUUAUGUGACUUUGUUUAUAGAUUUGAACGUUUAAAAUUGUCACCAGGUGGAUGUAAUUAUGAUACUGCGUACUGAUAAUCAGAAACGUCACAGGUUAUGCUUAUUAACGUGUUAAGUCGUGUUUUCAGAAUAGACGCCAUAUAAUAUGAUUCUUCAUGACUGCUCUCAUACCAAUAGUUCCCUUUGUAUUUCAGUUGUUUCUCUGCUUAUGAUUUCAACUGUGUUUCGGUUUAACUCUUCACAUAUAACUUGUUAUAACAUUUAAUCAGACGCCAUCUAUAGACAUGUGCCAUUUCAGACAUAGCUUAUGAUUAUGGAAAGGGUUUUGUCGUGUCAUUGAUUAGAAUUCAAUGGAUUGAUGUUUAAAGGUUAUCUCUCCAACAUGAAUGUAUUUACUUUAUUGCAUUGUAUUAAACACUAACUUCAG